UGAUUGAUUGAUUGAUUGAUUAAUUGAUUGAUUAAUUGCUUGAUCACAGAUCCUAUAUUGAUUAUCGGUCAUAAUGAACUCGAAAGAAGCUGCUCUUUAUUCUAAAACUAGAGGAGUACAAGUUGCUGCAUACAGACUCUAUAUGCCAGAUUUGGAAAUUAAGGCAGACAACAAAAUCCUGGACGUCGGGUGCGGAACUGGUGAUCUUGCGUAUGAGUUUGGUGACGUUGCUCAGUCAGUAAUUGGUUUUGACAUUUCAAAGGAGAUGAUCGAUUUUGCCAGACAUAACUAUAAACGUCCAAAUGUGACCUACGAAGUGGCAGAUGUCUUAAGCUGUGUUGACAUAUUUCCAGACUGGAAAGGCGCAUUUGACAAGAUUGUAUCUAUUCUCGUAUUGCACUGGGUGAAAGAUCAGAGAGGAGCGUUUCAAAGUAUCCAUGACUGCCUAAAACCUGGUGGAGAGUGCUUCCUUCUAUUUUCCGGUCCGAUGAAUCAAAUGCUGGGACAUGGUGAUGAUGAACUUCCGCAUUACUUGAAGAAUCAUGAUAAAUGGAGAGAACACCUUAAAGGUUACGAGUACAAGUUUUAUAACCGACUAACAUUAGAAGAUAACGUGAAGUUAUUGGAAUCAGUUGGCUUUGAGGUGGUAAAAGGUCAUUCAUACAAACCUGAGGAACUUGACAUUGACAAAGAUCAGAUAAAAGUAGUGGUUGAGGUUGUGUAUGAAACAUGA